AUGGAUUUGCCGGAUAACACGAUCACGAAGAGUUCCAUAAAAUCGGCGUUCUUGCUCACAGACGAUGCGCUCCUUGCGCUUUCCUACGAUGUGAAUGGCCGUCACAGAUUUUGUCGUGUAAACGAGUCUGGAACGACUUUCCUACUUCCCGCCCAGUUCCCAACGCUUCAAUUUUUGCGUUUCGAAGGGAAUUUGUCCGGCCAUCGGAAACGUUCUAAGUCAACUUACGUCCUCGACGAGAAACUAGCAGACGAGCUCCGCUCUCGUCUCUAUUUCAUCCCGCGAGGACAAAAAGCUCUUCAAGAUGAAGAGAAAACUUCGGCAGAACUUCUACAAGAUGGCGCGAUUGACGGUGGCUGUGUAUCGCCUAUUUCGUCAAGGGCGGCGGUGACAUACGCACACAGGUCUCACAAAAUACUACGAGAGUACGUAGAAGGGCAGAAUGACGAAGCCAAUACGCACAGUCUUGUGGAGAUAAAAAAUGCUCAGGAUCACAGUAUCCGACACAAGAUGAAGGUGAUCGUCGUCGACACUCAUCACGACUUUGUUAUUCUUCGCUCGGUGGACGGAAGCGAGAUCUUCGAGGACUACCCGUAUUCCAAACGAUCACCGAAGACUUUUGAGUCGUUUAUCGGGUUUGGUCUCAGUCACGAUACCGACGAAGGGCAGCAAAUUACCCAUCGAAAUGGUCGGAUAUGUUCGGAUUCCGUGGACCACAGAGGACGUUUCUUGGCCAGUUCGGCAAUUGAUGGCGGAGACUCCGGAGGCCCCUGCUACGCUGCUGAUCGCGCUCUCAUCGGCAUUAUGGUAGCUUCAACCACAACCGAUCCAAGGCUCGACGCCGAAUAUGGUCGAGAAAGCAUAGAAGAAGAAAUUAUCGAGGCGUCUUCUCAUCCAGCUGAUACCUGGAUCUCUCCGGCCCUGUUUAUUGCUGAAGCCUAUAAGAAUUAUCUAGUGAAGCAUGGUCUUCUACCAGUUCGACGAGAGAGGAUUCGGGAUAGGGGCUCC